CGAAGAUUUUGGAGUCGGUCAAGGCGGCUUUGAAAGCACGCGCAGCAUCUUCCUCCUCGUCACCAACACUGGGAUUCCACUGACCAGCAUGCCGCCGCCCACGAUAUUGAGAGCAACCUCAACGGCAGCAUCAGCGGCUACAACACUGCUCGCUGGCCUCACUGCAGGGCCGGCCAACCAGGCGCCGCGCUCACGGCCUGGACCUUCGACUUCGACUGGUCGAUGCUUGUCCACCCGCAUCUCACACGACAGCAACACGAUCUCCUCACCAUCAUCAUCGCGGCUCAGAAGGACCACGUCAGCUCCUCAACCUUCUCACAGACGUAGCUUCCACUCCACUCCGUCCAGUCGCGCAUCAGUAAAAGACCCUUACGCCACCCUCGGCGUGCCACGCUCCGCCUCAUCAAAGGACAUCAAAUCCGCCUACUACCAGCUGGCAAAGAAGCACCACCCGGACACCAACCCGGACAAAUCCGACAAGGCGAAAGAGAAGUUCGUUGAGAUUCAGACAGCGUAUGACAUUCUCAGCGACGAAGGCAAGAAGAAGGCCUUUGAUCAGUAUGGGACUACGGAUGGGAGCAGCGGGUUCGAUCCGUUCGGAGGAGGCGGUGGGGGUGGCAGUCCAUUCGGCGGAGGAUUCGGAGGCUUCGCUGGCUUCGGUGGUGGACCGCAGGGUGGCAUGGGAGGCAAUCCGUCAGACAUCUUCGAGUCGCUCUUCGGCGCCUUUGGCGGCGGAGGAGGCGCUGGAGGAGCUCGUGCUCGAGGCGCAGGCUUUGCUGGCGAGACUCGCGGCGAUGACCUCGAGACCUCUGUGACAGUGUCUUUCGAGGAGGCUUGCCUGGGCGCCUCGCGCAGUAUUACGGUCCACCCUGUCGAGCGCUGCGGCACCUGCUCUGGGGAUGGGUUGCGCAAGGGAGCUCGCAAGUCAACCUGCACAGUCUGCAAUGGUACGGGAACGCGUACCUUUGUCAUCCAGUCCGGAUUCCAGAUGGCGUCCACCUGCCCCGCAUGCGGAGGCGCUGGAUCUACAGUCGCGCCGGGCGAUGCCUGCGGGGAUUGUGAGGGGGUAGGCCGAGUGAGGGGAAGGAAGACGGUACAGGUCAAGAUCCCUCCCGGCGUAGAUGACGGAGCCAAGAUUAGGCUGGAGGGGGCGGGCGAUGCGCCACUGGAAGGCAAGGGGCCGGCUGGUAGUCUCUACGUGCGCAUUCACGUACGCAAGAGCAACGUCUGGCGUCGCCAGGGGGCCAACCUGCACUACGCGGCCAAGGUACCCAUCCAUGUUGCUCUGCUCGGCGGGCGAGUCAGGGUACCUACACUCGAGGGAGACGUAGAGGUACGCGUGCCCCCUGGUACACAGGUUGGGGACGAGAUGCUCCUUCGCGGGCGUGGUGUGGCGAAUCUGCUCAGCAGGAGGAGUGGCAAUGACAAGGGAGACCUACUUGUUGGAUUCGAGGUGGCCAUCCCCAGGAGCUUGACGAAGAGGCAAAAGGAGAUUCUGCAAAUGUAUGCAGACGAUGUCGAAGGCAGGACGACCCAGACGACAACGGCGCCGCCACCGCAGCAGCCACCACCAGCGUCAUCUUCGCCGAGUUCGAGCAACAGCGAGACGGCGGGUAAGAAGGGCAAGGCCUCGACGACGUCAACUAAGUCUGGCGAGGAGGGCAACAACAAGGCAUCCCCGGCCUCGUCAACGGACUCAACAGCAUCGAAGGGUACGUCUCCGGAUCAGAGCGCCAGUGAUGGAUCGGCAGGCAGCGGCGGCAGGGGCCAGGAGGGAGGAGGAGGAGGAGGUAGCGGCCUCCUCGGCGGCUUUUGGAAGAAGCUCAUGGGUCGAGAGUGAGCCUGCAUUGUAGCGGCAGCCUCGUCGAGGCCUCUGCCAAGAAGCGUCAAAGCCUGCUACCACCGACUCGACCGAGACUGGCUCUUCCGCCGAGCCCGGCAAGGAGGAGCAGGAGCAGG